AUGACAAAGACUGUAAUGGUGAGGUGCUACCUGCUCUGUUUACUAACUCUUGCACUGUGUUGUGCUUGUGGGUUAGUAUGGGCUGAUAGUCCUAAAGCUUCUGAUUCCCUUAUUAAACCUUCCACUAUUGGUGUUCCUCUUCUUGUUCGUCGUGCUAUUGCUGCUUUUGUUAUCCCCGAUGGUGAGGAUGCUUGUGAUGUUAAGAAGGAUUUGGGACUGGAAGAUGAUGGUGAUGAAGUUGAGGAGGAGAAUGGUCAUGAGGCUCCUGUUACUUCAAAUUCUUCCAGUGGCCAUACAACCACUGGUACAGGCGGAUCAGGUGGUGAAGGUGGGAGAGAUGAUGAGGGACGAAGGACAAAGAAUGCGGACCAAAAUAUAAGAGCAGAAAUCAGCGGCUUACCUGAAAACUCAAGGAAUAAAGAACAAGGAGAUACCGCUAUUGCAACCGCAUCUGUUUCUGCAGAACAGUCAGUAACAGAUCCAGUUGGAACAGAUGGACACAGUGGACAGAACCAAAAACUGCCUGAACCUUCAUCAAAUAAAGGCGUGCAUGGAACUCAAGAAGACACGCAAUCGCCGGAAGAAAAGAAGGAAGCCAAAGACACAAAAGAUGCACAAAGCCGAGAGAACACAGACUCAACAGGAUCAAGUGAUAAUGAAGGGAAAGAGACAUCUGGUAAUGCAUCUCAGAGUUCACCUGAGAAUUCUUCCAACACUUCACCCUCACAGGAAGCAACUGUUCAUCAAACUACAAAGGAAUCCAAAGAUACUCCCAAUAAACAAGGUCCUGCAGCUACUAGUGGUGAACAUUCUAAUGACCCUUCUGGCGGAGAUGCUGCUUCUCCCAAUACAUCUCCGACACCUGCUGAUGGCAGCAGCAGUGCACCUGCACGUAACGGUCAACUAGACGGUGCACCACCACAACCUUCUUCUCCUUCUCCAACCAAUUCAGCCACAGAGAGCACCAGUGGAUCUAAUGCUGCGAAUACUGAGAACGGGACUUCAUCUGCAGAGAGUGAGGCAACAAGUAACCCAAGUGAUGCAGAUAAUACAGAUACCACCACCACCACCACAACAACAACAACAACAACAACACUUCCUCCUGAGACUGCAAACAACAAGAAGGUUGAUGCAGACAGCAGCAGCAGUAUCAGCAGUUCUGUGUGGGCGCGUGUACCACUACUGAUUGUGGUUACACUGGCCUGUAUUCUUGUGUGCUGA